AUGGCUGCGUCUCCCAUCACCAACGGCCUCUUCAACCACGACAACUCCACCCCGCCCGAGCAUCCCAGCCUGUUCGCGCUGUUCUCGCUCAAGGGCAAGACUGCUAUUAUCACGGGCGCCGGUGCUGGCAUCGGCCUGCACGUCGCUCACGGCCUGGCUGAAGCCGGCGCCAACGUUGCGCUCUUCUACAACACCAACACCAAGACGCCUGAGCGCGCCGCUGAGAUCGAGCAGCACCAAGGCAUACCAGGGUCGACGGUCCGCGACGCCAAGAAGCUCGAGGAGACGGUCAACCAGGCCGUGCGCGACCUCAACGGCCGCCUCGACAUCUUCAUCGCCAACGCCGGCAUCCCAUGGACCAAGGGCCCCAGCGUCGACGGCCCGCUGGACCAUUACCAGGCCGUCGUGCAGACCGACCUGGACGGCGUCUUCUACUCGGCCAAGGCGGCGGCGGCCCACUGGCGGCGCCAGAAGGAGGAGGGCACCGACCUGUUCGGCAACAAGCUGCAGAACUUCACCUACGGCAGCUUCGUGGCCACGGCGUCGAUGAGCGGGCACAUUGUGAACAUUCCCCAGCUGCAGGCGGCGUACAACGCGGCCAAGGCGGGCGUCAUCCACCUGGUCAAAUCGCUGGCCGUCGAAUGGGCGCGUUUCGCCCGCGCCAACUCCGUGUCGCCCGGCUAUAUUGCUACUGAGAUCUCCAACUUUGUGCCCCCGGAGACCAAGAAGCUCUGGCGGGACAAGACGCCGCUGGGCCGCGAGGGGCUGCCGCAGGAGCUCAAGGGCGCCUACCUGUACCUGGCCAGCGACGCGGCCAGCUUCACGACGGGCGCGGACCUGGUGGUUGACGGAGGCUACACCCUGCCUUAG